AAAAGGAAGGUCAGGAUCAUCAUCAUCAUCAACAACAACAACAACAACAACAACAACAACAGGUGACAUUCUGCAUUUCUGCUGCAUUCCCAUUGACCCAAACUCUAAAUACCAAGAAAGCUCCCUCCGAAACCUCCAUUACUAUGACGCGGAAUCCGCGAUUACCCGCUUGACCCACCUCCAGCCGCACCCGCUUACCCAUCGUCAUGGCGUUCUCGGCCCAUGGGUAUUCGGGUCUCCAGUGGACCCCCGCCUUAGCCCCGACCCACUCGCUCAAACCCCAGACCUUUUCGUCCUUACCUCCGGUCAGAGGCGUGGCCAGUGGGCGUGUCUAUGAUUCCCAUAAGCCGCCCGUGUUGGUGCCGCGCACCUAUCGAGGCCAAUAUCCGUACAUGUUGAUGCUGGAUUGCCGAGGUUGGCGGCAACGUCCGGGCUCGCCCGAGCAAAAGGCCUACAUGUCUUGGCACGGCUUACCCGAGCAGAAUGUGCCCAAGGGCACCCUGGUCGAGUUGAAUGCGGGCGCCAUGGUGGCGGGACAUCUGAACUCUGCGCCCGUGACCAUAUUGAGCUUGGAUCAUGGACCAGAAGAGGUCCGGAUGACCGUGCUCGUGAAGGAGUUAAUUCCGAUCGAGGAGGAGGAUUAUCUUCGCCUGUUGCCCCUGCCUCCGGAUCAGCGUUAUGAGCUCUUGACCGACGAGAUUCGACAUCCAAUUUUGAAGGCUAUCGUGGGCGACACAGUCUGGUAUUGUCCGGCCUCAGGUCGCCGGGAUGUGGGCAUGAUCCAAUACAUCGGGCCCGUGAAAGGUCUUUCGCCCGGACAUUGGUUGGGAGUGGAGUUAUUGGAUUGUAACAAAGGCACGAGCGAUGGGAGUUUCGGUCGAUGCCGCUACUUUUCGGCGCCCAGAUUGAGCAGUGUCUUCGGGACUGUGGGGGAUCUUCUACCCUAUCAAAGCCAAGCAUCACUUUCCCGACGGAAGUCCCAGAAUCACGAAACAUCGAUAAUGGUGAAAAAUCUGGUACCCUCAAAACCUCGGAUUGAGGAGGUCCCAGAGAUAUCCAUUUAUAAUAAGCCUUAUUAUCCGGAUCGAUAUGAAGAUCACAUAGAUCCAGCUCGCUCAUCAAAAGGAUCCUUGGCCUCGAACUCACCCACUACCUUGUCGCCGGUUCAAAGGAGGCCGUCAGUCGUGGACGAGGGCCCUCAGGUGGGCCUGAACGAUCGCGUGGUAUGCUUUCAGGACGGUCAUGACCCUGUUUAUGCCGUAGUUCGAUGGAUCGGUCACGUCCCGGGGGAACGCGAUUUCUUGGCCGGGGUGGAAUUUGAUAACCCCGUGGGCGUGAGUGAUGGCACCUUUCAAAAGAAGCGCUUGUUUAAGACGCGAAAGAACCACGCGUCUCUUCUUCCAUUGGAUUCGUUGCUUCGAGCUCAAGAUUUCAGCUCAAGUGAAGACGACGUGCACAAACAGAGGAACAAAAGAUUCUCCCUCUCCAAUGUCCCCGAGAACGACUUGAACCAAAGAAAGGUCACCGAAUCUUCAACGCGCAAACCUCGGAAUACGCCAAGUCCGGUUAUUCACUCCUCGGAGGGGAUAUCCUCAAGGACGAAUUCACUGAAUCGCCGAGUUUUGGGUCAGGAGCUUCCGAUGCGAUCCCCUGUCAGAAAGAGUAACAAUCAAAGUGAACAAGAGAGCCCAAAAGCUCCGGAUUUUGUCCUGGGAGACUUUGUGGAGCGACAUUCGCCCCAGUCUCAAGGUCCAAAGAACUCUAACACACCAAGUCCAUUGCCCACGCCAAGAUUCUCGCCAUCGCCACCCCCGCCUCCGCCCCGGAAACCGGACUCUCCGAUUUUUGAUCGAUUAUCGCCCACCCACACCUCUCGGAACUCUGAGGUUGAUAUUGGCUCCUUGGUGGAGGUCAAGGUCAAUGAUAUCUCUUUUUUUGGAGUGGUUCGUUGGAAGGGUUGGCUUGCGGAUCAAGACAAGAAAGGAGUUGGCAUUGAACUGGAAGAGGAAAUGAUUGGUGCCACUAAUGGAUGGUACAACGGAACUCAGAUGUUUGCGUGUCCGCAAAGAAAAGCUAUAUUUGCGCCAUACAGCCACUUCAUGCUGGAUCAGCGAUUUCGGCCGGAGGUAUCGCAUAGCCUUUCCGAUUCCGAUGAAAAACACUUUGGCGACCAAGAAUGUCCGGUGGUGCCGGGUUUCCAGGAACCCAUUCAAUUACCUGCCGGAGACAUUGGUCGGAUUUGUGGGCGAAAUCGGGGAAUCCAAGGUCAUCAGAACUCGUGCUACCUGGAUGCCACUCUCUUUGCCAUGUUUUCUUUCACGAGUGUAUUUGACUCGUUGUUGUACCGACCUCAAUCCACAAACGAUAUUCGUGAAUACAAUGAUGUUCAACGGGUUCUCCGAGAGGAGAUUGUGAAUCCUCUGCGAAAGAAUCUGUUCGUUCGGGCGGAUCGGGUCAUGAAACUUCGGAAGUUCCUCGACCAUCUCUCGUCAGUGAAAGGCCUCACUACGGAAGAAAAAGAUCCAGAGGAAUUCCUGAACUCGCUUCUGAGUCAAACCCUAAGGGCGUCUCCUUUCCUGCAGUUGUCCUCGGGGCAGGAAUCUCAUUUAUACCAGUUAUUCGUGGAACGAAACGAGGCCCUUCUCUUGCCCACGGUUCAAGAGCUUUUCGAGCAAUCUUUCAUCACUUCUAACGUGAAGCUCAAACGAGUUCCGUCCGUGCUCAUUCUUCAGAUGCCCAGAUUUGGGAGCCAGUUCAAAGUCUACGACCGCAUUAUGCCCUCGCAACUUCUGGACGUAACAGAUAUCAUCGAGGAUUCCCCCAGGCAAUGCAUCAUCUGUGGAAAACUUGCCACCCACGAGUGCCUUGAAUGCUACGGAGACCAAAGUCCGGGAUUAGAUAGCACGGCCUUUUGUGAUCAAUGUCUGGCCACUGUUCAUAAUCACCACAAAAGAAGGAACCAUCGAGCUACGAGACUCUCCGUUCCAGACGAGUAUCAUUCGAACAGGUCGACAUCGGAUCCCACACCGCGUCUUUUCAUGGAACUUUUUGCCGUGGUGUGUAUCGAGACUUCGCAUUACGUGUCCUUUGUCAAAUGUGGUUUGGGUCCAGACGCGGAGUGGUGUUUUUUUGACUCUAUGGCAGACAGAAAAGGUGAAUGUCACGGUUACAACAUCCCUGAAGUGACGGCAGCCUUGGAUGUGCCCAAAUGGUUGAGUGACGAAGGCGUGGAGAGCCUCAAAGCUCAAAGGGACGAUAAAAUGUUGCCCACCCAAGCUAAACGAUUAAUCUGUGAUGCUUAUAUGUGCUUUUAUCAAUCGCCCGAGGUGAUGAUGUACCAAUAACGACGGCCUUGCCUUCUCCGGCCAAUUGGAUUUUUUGUUGGUAAAAAUGUUCAACCAUAUUCAUGCUAUUCCGUAUGUUACUACGUUGAUUAAUUCGCUAAACUUUUCUACCCAUCAUUUAUAAAAUAUGUUUCCACGGAAAUCCUGUUCUCACGGACAAACAUGGAUAAGAGACGUUUCUCACCGCGUUUCCAACUACAUUCAAUGAAUAUUCAAUCCUGGCUGUGAAUACCUUAUGACUUCAUUCAAUCAUACAUAUUAAUACACGCACUUUACUAACAAACCGA